UCGGUCGGAAUUUAGCUGUUGCAUUCGGAAGCCAAACUUUACGUAGAAUUUCGUCGAAAGAAAUAAGCUGAAUCCGCUAUUUGGUUGGGUUCAAUUGCUGCUGCUGUUGCUGAAGUGGUUAGUUGUUGUUGCUGUUGUUGGACCUUUGCGCUGCUGGGAGAGGAUUGCUGAAGUUGUAAGUGUGCUGUUUAGCAUUGAUCAGUUCGGUUGAUUAUCCAUUUCGAGUGGCUGCAGCAUAAUUGCAGAGGAGUGUUUUGUUUUCGGGAACAACAUUUGAUUCAGCAAACAUGUCUUUGACCACUACAAUGGAUCCUUACAUCCCAGGAUCGAUACCUUUUGCGCAAUAUAUUGAGCAACUUGAAUGGAUUUUUAUUCACCACAACUAUAAGGAGGAGCAGUACAAAGCAUCCUUCCUUGCAAUUUGUGGGCAAGAAGUGUACUCUAAAUUGAAACUUUUAUUUCCUGGGAGAAACAUUAAAGAAAUUUCGUAUCAUGAGUUAACGGCUGAACUUACAAAAAGCUAUGACAAAAGUGAUUCUGAUGUAGUGCAUAGCUACAAUUUUUGGUCCCGUCGACAAGGAAAUAACGAAAAAAAUGUUGACUUUGUUUUGUCGGUGAAGUUUUUAGCCGAAUUAUGUAAUUUUGGAGAUUUUAAGCAGCGAGCGAUAAGGGACGUUUUGGUAAUGGGAAUCAAGGAUCCCAAAUUAAGGAAAAAACUUUUUGAUGAGGAAGAUUUGACAGCGGUUAAGGCUGAAAAAAUCAUAGUGAAUCAAGAGCUUGCUUGGGACAGAACUCAAAAAUUGGAAAAUUCAGAAACUAAUCGGGUCAGUGUAGUGGCCAGACUUGGACGUAAUAGGGAUUAUCAACCUAAUAAGUCGAGCUAUAGAUCGAGAAGUCGUAGUAGCAGUUUUAAUCGCUCAGCAUCCUUUAGUGAACCGAGAGACGAAAGAGGUAACAACAAGUUCAGAACUAAGCCGGUUUUUCUUUGUACUUUUUGUAACCGUAAGGGACAUACCAAGGCUUAUUGCUAUCGACGAAAGAACAAAAGUCCUCGGGUUCGUCGGUCUAGCGUAAAAUUUGUUGAUUCGCCUAAAUCUACUAGCUCUGGUCUUUUCAAAAGACUUAAAAAAGAUUUGCAAUCUGACAGUGAGGAAGAUUUGUCUUGCAUGAAAAUCGCUUCUAUAAACAAAAUUAAUGAACCAUGCUACAUUGAUGUUUUAGUGGAAAACAAGUUUAUAAAAAUGGAGUUAGAUUGUGGUUCAGCUGAGUCGGUAAUUUCUGAAAAGCAAUAUUUGAAAUAUUUCAAAUUUUUAUCUCUCAAGCAAUGUUCUAAGCGGUUGGUGGUCAUUGACGGUAAACGUCUCAACAUUUUGGGACGGGUUGAUGCUUUGGUUAUUUUAAAUGGUAGUCAGCACCGAUUAUCUUUAGUGAUCCUGCGUUGCGAUAAUGAUUUCGUUCCUCUGAUGGGCCGUUCUUGGAUGGACGUUUUUUAUGCUGGCUGGAGGGAUACUUUUAUCAAACCACAAAUGAGCGACGAGACUAUACAUGCCUUAAAGGAUAUGGAAAUGGUGGAAGAAAUAAAGAGUUUCCCUGGGAGGACGAGUCAUUUUGGCGCACAAACGCCAGUUGAAGGUCUGUGACGAUUCACAUCGGAAAGCUAGGCGUUCUACAGCUUUCAACGAGGGACGGUUCUUGGAAUUGAAUCGAUCUGACAAUUUUGCCUCGUUAGGAAACGAUGUUGAACCAGUUCUACCGCACGCUGAAUUACCCGUGGAGCCUGGCCGCAGUGCUAGUUUCAAAAGGAGAAGACAUAAAGAUGAAGAAGCAGAUAGUGAUUCCGAUAGUGAUUUUUAUGGGUUUGCUGCCGACUCUUUCAUCUUUUCGGAGAAUGAAAAUAUUAGGAAUGAAGAUAGAGAUUAUGAUUCAGGAAAGAUCAGAAGAUCAAAAAGAUCCACGAAAAGAAAAAGGAUAGACGAUUUUGUUUAUUAUUAGUACACAUCGAUAAAUUUAGUGAUAGGUGAAGUUUCAUUAUUUUGAUUUGGUAUUUUCAAUACUUUCGAUUAGAAACAUGAAUUUAAAAUCAUAGGAUUAGCUUUGAAAUGAAUGUAUAAUUUAAAUUGAUUGAAAUUUGAAAACUAUCUACUAACUUCUAAUGGAUGAAGGAGUUGUAGUGUUCGGCCAAAUAGGAUUUCGAGUUCCUGUUAAAACCCCUUCUGGGAACACUGUGUCGCGACAAGCAAAAGAAGAUUAUAGCAUAGGACUA